AGCACGGCAUGUGGACAGCACGGGACUGCGAGCUGGUGCACAGGAACGGGUCUCACGCCCGAUGUCGCUGCAGCCGGACGGGCACCUUUGGGGUCCUUAUGGAUGCCUCCCCCCGUGAGCGGCUGGAGGGCGACCUGGAGUUGCUGGCGGUGUUCACGCAUGUGGUCAUGGCAGUGUCCGUGGCUGCGCUGCUUCUGACCGCAGCUGUCCUGCUGAGCCUGCGCAGCCUCAAGUCCAACGUGCGUGGGAUCCAUGCCAACGUGGCGGCUGCCCUGGGCUUGGCGGAGCUCCUCUUCCUUCUGGGAAUCCACAGGACCCACAACCAGCUGGUGUGCACUGCGGUCGCCAUCCUCCUGCACUACUUCUUCCUCAGCACCUUCGCGUGGCUCCUCGUGCAGGGCCUACACCUCUACCGCAUGCAGGUGGAACCGCGCAACGUGGACCGCGGCGCCAUGCGCUUCUACCACGCCCUGGGCUGGGGCGUCCCUGCUGUGCUGCUGGGCCUUGCCGUCGGCCUGGAUCCCGAGGGCUAUGGGAACCCUGACUUCUGCUGGAUCUCCAUCCACGAGCCCCUCAUCUGGAGCUUCGCGGGCCCUGUCGUCCUGGUCAUCGUGAUGAACGGGACCAUGCUUCUCCUCGCUGCCCGCACAUCCUGCUCUGCGGGGCAGAGGGAGGCCAAGAAGACCUCUGUGUUCAGGAGCCUUCGCAGCUGCUUUCUGCUGCUUCUCCUGGUCAGUGCCUCCUGGCUCUUCGGCCUCCUGGCGGUCAACCACAGUGUCCUGACCUUCCACUACCUCCACGCCACGCUCUGCGGCCUCCAGGGCCUGGUAGUUCUGCUGCUCUUCUGUGUCCUGAAUGCAGAUGCUCGGGCAGCCUGGACGCCGGCCUGUCUGGGCAGGAAGGCAGCGCCCGAGGAAGCGAGGCCGGCGCCUGGCAUGGGGCACGGGGCUUACAACAACACCGCCCUCUUUGAAGAGAGCGGCCUCAUCCGCAUCACCCUGGGUGCCUCCACUGUCUCCUCAGUGAGCAGUGCCCGCUCGGGCCGGACCCAGGACCAAGACAGCCAGCGGGGCCGAGGCUACCUCAGGGACAAUGUCCUGGUUCGACAUGGCUCAGCUGCUGACCACACUGACCACAGCCUCCAGGCUCACGCUGGCCCCACUGACCUGGACGUGGCCAUGUUCCAUCGAGAUGCUGGUGGAGCCGCAGACUCUGACUCCGACAGUGACCUGUCCUUGGAGGAGGAGAGAAGUCUGUCCAUCCCAUCCUCAGAGAGCGAGGACAAUGGCCGAACCCGGGGACGUUUCCAGCGUCCACUCUGCCGCGCAGCCCAGAGUGAGAGGCUCCUCACUCACCCCAAAGAUGUGGAUGGCAAUGACCUCCUGUCCUACUGGCCAGCCCUAGGGGAAUGUGAGGCCACUCCCUGUGCUCUGCAGACCUGGGGCUCUGAAAGGCGCCUGGGGCUGGACACCAGCAAGGAUGCAGCCAACAACAACCAGCCAGACCUGGCCCUGACCAGUGGAGAUGAAACCUCCCUGGGUCGGGCCCAGCGUCAGAGGAAAGGCAUCCUAAAGAACCGACUGCAGUACCCACUGGUGCCACAGACCCGAGGUGCCCCUGAGCUGUCCUGGCGCCGUGCAGCCACCUUGGGCCACCGUGCCGUGCCAGCUGCCUCCUAUGGUCGCAUCUAUGCUGGAGGGGCCACAGGCAGCCUUUCGCAGCCAGCCAGCCGCUACUCCUCUCGAGAACAGCUGGACCUGCUCCUCCGGCGGCAACUGAGCCGUGAGCGACUGGAGGAGGCCCCUGCCCCUGUUCUGCGUCCCCUGAGUCGGCCGGGGUCCCAGGAAUGCCUGGACGCCGCGCCAGGCCGCCUGGAGCCCAGGGAUCGGGGCAGUACCCUCCCACGGAGGCAGCCACCCAGGGACUACCCUGGCGCCAGGGCCAGCCGCUUCGGGUCACGAGAUGCUCUGGACCUAGGGGCACCCUGCGAGUGGUUGCGCACACUGCCCCUGCCCCACGGUGCCCGGGACCUUGACCCACAGCCCCCGCCUCUGCCCCUGUCUCCCCAGCGGCAACUCUCAAGGGACCCCCUCUUGCCAUCCCGGCCCCUGGAUUCCCUGUCCAGGAGAUCGAACUCAGGGGAGCAGCUGGACCACAUGCCUAGCCGGCACCCCUCACGAGAAGGCCUCGGGCCAGUCCCACAGCUGCUCAGAGUUAGGGAGGACCCAGCCAGUGGCCCUAGCCAUGGCCCCUCCACAGAGCAGCUGGACAUUCUUUCUUCUAUCCUGGCCUCCUUCAACUCCUCAGCUCUCUCCUCCUCUGUGCAGUCCUCCAGCACGCCCUCGGGCCCUCACACCACUGCCACGCCUUCUGCCACAGCCUCUGCGCUUGGGCCCUCCACACCACGCUCUGCCACGUCCCACAGCAUCUCGGAGCUGUCUCCAGACUCAGAAGUUCCCAGAAGCGAGGGGCACUCCUGAGGGGCAGACUCCCGGACUAGGAACGGCUGAGGGCCGUGGAGGAUUUGAGCUAACAGAAGAGACUCCAGGAGUCAGGGGCUGAUCCCAAGGCAGCCUCCCACCCACCCCCCAGCUCUCCUGUUGCUGCAGUGCUGAGGCUCCUCGCUCUGUCCAUGAGCAUGUGAGCAUGCGUGUAACAGGUGCAGGGGGAGGGAACUGAAAGGAGGACUUUUAUACGUUUUGUACCUUUGUAACCAGAGAGAUAUGCUUAUGUUAUUUUUCAGCUUUUCUGUCUCCCGGGGGUUCUGAGACUGGGCUGGAAGGGGAAGGGGACAGAGGGUAAGACGUGCAGUGUUUGGCCCCAUUUGGGUCCCUGGCAAACGAUAUGCUCUUUCCUCUCAUCUUCCUGGGGUAAAUUCAGAGAGGAGGGGCAAAUAGCCCCUGCCCAUUGAUCUGAAUAUCGUUAGGGCCCAAAGUACAGAAUUGAUCUUUGCGCUUUCUCAGAUGCCCCAAGGGCCAAACUUCAGGGACUGGGGGUUGUCUUGGAAACAGGGGUCCUCUGACCUCCUCACGGGGCUUGCUCAUGCUGCCCCUCCCCGUGGAUGUGUGUGUUUCUUAUGCGGAGUCCCUGCCACUUACUGCCUUAUGACCUAGGACUGAUGCUGUGGGGCGCUGGUGGAGCAGCAUGUCAUGUUUACAGAGCAAGGCUUCCCUUUCUCCCACGCGGAGGGGCUCAGGCCUCUAUGCAGACAUUCCUGCAGAGGGUGGACUAGGGGGGUCUUUGCCAGCCCCUGCUAAGAGCAAACGUUGUCUGUGGUGCCAUCUGAUUCCCCGACACUCCCCUGUGCUAGAAUUUCUUCCUAGGGGUAGGCGGGGGAGCAAGGGGGAGCAGAAGUAAGAGAGUUGAAGACACAGAAUGUAGGUGCCACUGCCUCCCAUGUUUACAGGACCCUCCCUGGCCCUGGGCACCUGGGCUGCGGUAACUAGUUCCAUCCUACUUCAUUCCCUUAUAAAGGGAGAAAUGACUGUUAGGACCCUGUUCACAAAACUCUUUUAUUACUUUGUCUGACGUCCAGAACUGGGGACUUUUAGAUUUUGUUACUUUGUUUACAGGUCAAGAUUUAAAACAUGCUAAAACUGUGUUUACAACUUAAAACCUUGAACUUUUAUACUUUGUUUACAGUUGAAAAAGUGGUUCCCCCCUCCCUUUGUUUACAAGUGAAAGAUUGAGAAGGCCGGAGAGGGCCUGGAGGACCCUGGACAUGGCCAUCUUGAGAGGUUUCUGGCUCCUAACUCUCCCAGGCCAAAGGUCAGCCCUGAGCCCCCUGUUGAACAGCAGACCCAGAAGGCCUCCAGAGUAGGCAUCCUCUUAUGGCUAGGAACAAUGGGUUGUGUAGGGUUGUAGGGGGUCUGUGCAGACACCCCCCUUCCCCCACACAUACUCUUGGGAGGCAGUUUCCAAGGCGAUUAAAAAUUCUACUUUGCUGACUGGUGCCAAAUCCUGCCAGCCAGGACUCCAGCUCUCCUUACCCAGAAUGACCCCAGCCCUUGAAGGGUUGAGGGGCCCGCUCUGGGGAGAGGGGGGUGUCCUUGCUAUGUCCUAGGUUCUAUAGAUGCCCCUCUCUGGCGGUCCCCUGCUCCAGCCCAGUGGUCCCUUUCCCCGUCUGUGUAAAUUGUUCCGUGAAGCCGCGCUCUGUUUUGGGAAUAAACUUCUAUA